CUCAUUAGCUGUUGUCUAUGAGAGUUAACUCUUGGAUUGGAUACGCACAAAUGUGUUAAAUACCUAUUAAUCCAAUGGAAUUAAAAAGGUUAAGAAUGAAAAACUGUAUUUGUAAAUAAUAAGUUUUGGGUAUGAACUGUUUAGGCAUUUGCUGAAGAAUAAUUAAGGCUAUAUCUAUAUCCAGAUAGCCCCUGCCAGGACCCACUUUAUUGGUUAUGGUGAAUUGUCGUGAGACCAUGUCUUGAAUUUUGCUUGACCUCUUUUUCUUGUAAAUCAUGUGGACCAAAGAUACCAUAUAAUAUUACAAGGGAGCCAAGAUUGCUUGACCUUGCUUUUUGCUGCACUUUUAUUGCUUGCCUUGCUGGUUUGGUUUGAUUUAGUCAUAUUGCCACCAAGAUUCAAUUCGUGCUUAGUGCAUUGGUGUUUUUCUCAGUGAAAUUAUAAUGAUAAAGCAGAAUCUGCUUCUAGAUGGGUUUCACUUUUCAAAGUAUUGGUUCUCAAUAAUGACCCAAUAGAUUGUAAAGGCUUCUUUCUUUUAUAUUUCAAGCCCUGAAACUAGUUUUAAGUUAUGCCUUCAAAGUUCAAACUACUUCUGUGCAAGUAUGCAUUGCAUGACUACCAAUUCUAAAAUUUCCCUUAUCAGAAGACAAUUAUGCAAUUGCAUAAUUUAGUACAAUAAAAGGGGAGGAUAGUUGCUGCUUAUGAGGCAGCAUAGAUCUUCCAUAAUGAAAUUCAAAAUGACAUGAUGCUGGAAUCAUAACUAAAGUUUUGGCCUUUUGGAUAUGAUGACCAUUUUGAUAUCUAUUCCAUUUCUUAUUCAUGCAAAUUGUGUUACUUUUCCCUCCAAUAGAGAUGCAGAUUUUGCAGGGGAACUGGCUCAGUGACCGUAGAGCUUGGUGGGGAUGAGAAAGAAGUCUCUCGAUGUAUCAAUUGUGAUGGUGUUGGUUCUUUGACAUGUACAACAUGUCAAGGCACUGGAAUACAACCCCGUUAUCUUGAUCGCAGGAAUGAAUCUUUAAAUUGUGUUUUCUUUUCUUCCUUGCAAACAAGGUAUGAUUGAAUGAACAUAUUAUUGACUAGUGCUUUGUAUGCUUGAAUAAUUCUGAUUGCUUCUCGCAAUUGUAUAAUUGGGAAAAUAUGAUCAGCAAGGUUAGCUAUUCUUACUAAUUUUAAGAUGUUGGGUGGAAAUGGGAACUUUCCACUGAAUUAGCGUUGUGCUAAAUAAGUCAAUUGAGUCUUAAGAUUUUAAUAAAAUAUCGGAUGUCUAGAACAUGCUGAAAUAGAUUAAGCUAGCAGGAAAGGAAUUAGCAUUUACAUUUUUUUUAUUAGAAUUAUUAUCAACUUGAGAGAGAGGCAAAGAGUUGAGAUUCUAAAUUGUGUUACUAACACAAGCAUGUAUUUUGUUGUGAGCAUAGAAUUCAAGGACGAUGAUUGAAGCCCUUCAGAAGCAGAAGCAAUGGUUUUGGACUCAAUCCAGUGGCUAAUCAACUCUGUAGGGUGAACUAGAAGAGAUCACUUUUUCUGUCAACACUUUUCCAUUUUCCAUCAAGUUCCUUCUCAUGCUUUGUUCCAAUGUAAAAUUUAGCUAGUGAUAAAGCUUUCUUCAUUCCGUUGGAGGAUGUAGUCUCGUCAUAAGAUGAAAGACAGAAACGGUGGCGUUGUUGUUAACUACAUGCUGCCGUGGGGAAAGAAACAAAUAGCAGUUGCAGGCAGCACUAGUGUUUCAGCUCUUUUGGGAGGCUUGGAGCUAUUGGGCAGCAAGAGUGCCUCUUUGACUGAAUUGAAGAUACAGAAGGUUUGUUUCCAACGUUCUUGCAUAAUAUCUAGGGUUUAGCAGAUAAGCAAGAGAAGAUGUUGUACAUAAUAGGUCUAGGAUUGGGAGAUGAGAAGGAUAUUACUUUAAGAGGUCUAGAAGCUGUGCAGAAAUGUGAGAAGGUGUACAUGGAAGCCUACACUUCUCUUCUCUCCUUUGGUCUCUCCACUGAUGGACUUUCCACUCUGGAAAAUUUAUAUGGGAAACCAAUUGCCAUUGCUGAUAGAGAGAUGGUAGAAGAGAAGGCUGAUGAUAUAUUGUCAUCAGCUCGUACUUCUGAUGUUGCUUUCCUUGUUGUUGGAGAUCCUUUUGGAGCUACAACACAUACAGAUCUUGUUGUUCGAGCUAAGGAAUUGGGGGUUGAUGUCAAAGUGGUACACAAUGCGUCUGUGAUGAAUGCGGUUGGGAUUUGUGGAUUACAAUUAUAUCGCUAUGGAGAGACUGUUUCAAUCCCUUUUUUUACUGAUAAUUGGAGACCUGAUAGCUUUUAUGAAAAGAUAAGAAGAAAUCGUGAACUUGGAUUGCAUACACUUUGUUUAUUGGAUAUACGAGUAAAGGAACCUUCAUGGGAAUCCUUGUCUAGAGGAAGGAAGAAGUAUGAACCCCCUAGAUACAUGACUAUAAACAAUGCAAUUGAUCAACUCUUGGAGAUUGAGCAAAAACGUGGGGAAUCUGCAUACAAUGAAGACACUAGCUGUGUUGGCUUUGCUCGGUUGGGAAGUGAGGAUCAGAUGAUAGUUGCUGGGACAAUGAAGCAACAGCUGGCAGUUGAUUUUGGAGCACCCUUGCAUUGUCUUGUAAUUGUGGGCAAGACACAUCCCCUAGAAGAAGAAAUGCUGGAUGUUUACAAACUUGAAAGUGCGAGGCAAGACCAAAAAGAUGAUGAAAGUGCAUGAUAAUUUUCCUUGGAGAAACAAAUAUAUGUAAUUUGCAGCUGUUUGGGAGAGAUAGGACUCUAGGCUUCAUUUGCAUUUCUACAGGCCAGUUCUGUUGAGAAGUUGGUGCAGCGUGCAGGAAGAGUAGCAACAUAUUUCUUCUGCAUGAGGUGCCAAGCGAAUUCCAUUUCUGACUCAAUAUUCAUGUAGCAUCCUAUGUACACUUAAAAGAAAUAUACAUCUUUACCCUAAAUUUUGCAUCAGGGUACACCGUAUAUCGGUGUGUUUAUCAAUUGAAGCCACUGUAGCUUAAGAGUUGCGCUAUUUAUAUGGUUUUCCUCAGUUUUUUCAUGUUAGUGACACUAGGGUUGAUAGGGGAUCAGAUUUUUUCGUGGGUUUGUAAUAUAUUCAAUCAAUAUCUUUACCCUUUCAAAGGCGGCUUAGGCUUUAAUAUUUUAAUUAAGAAAUCUUUGAGAGAA